UGCUGUGUGUGUUCACGGCACAGUGAAGCCGCGCCCAAACUAGGCGAGAGACACCACCGUCUGCGGCCGUCAUGGACACCUUCUUCCUAUCGCACGGCGGCCCCACGCUCUGCGUCGACGAGACGAUCCCGGCAUGGAGCUUCUUCAAGUCCUGGCUGCCCGCGGCGGUGGCUGGCACGCAGCCGCCGCGCGCCAUCCUGGUGGUAUCGGCCCACUGGGAGACGGCCAUGCCGGCGGUCAACGUCGUUCCCGGCAUCAACGACACCAUCCACGACUUCUACGGAUUUCCCGAGUCCAUGUACCAGCUGAAGUACCCUGCUCCUGGCGCCCCCGAUCUGGCCAGGAGGACCAAAGAGCUCCUCGAACAAGCCGGGUUCGAUCCCGUGGAGGAACACCACGGCCGUGGCCUCGACCACGGUGUGUGGAUGCCGCUGAUGCUGAUGUACCAAGUCUAAGCCCGUUCUGCCACAGGAUCGCCCACUGAAGACAUAGUCUUGCGGACGAACGAAACCGGUCCUCGACGUUCCCGCCCGUCUGUGUGGUUUGUGAGGCACGUGCCACGUGAAGGAUGU